AUAUUUAUGGGGAUUGCUGUCAUCACUAUGAAGGCAUCUGUUAUUGAAAUGUUUCUUGUUUUACUGGUGACUGGAAUCCAUUCAAAUAAAGAAAUGACAAAGAAGGUUAAAAGACCCAAAAACACUGUGCCGCAGAUCAACUGUGACAUCAAAGCAGGAAAGAUCAUCAAUCCUGAGUUCAUUGUGAAAUGUCCAGCUGGAUGUCAAGAUCCCAAGUACCACGUUUACGGCACAGGUGUCUACGCGUCUUACUCCAGCGUGUGUGGUGCAGGAGUGCACAGUGGUGUUCUCGGUAACUCAGGAGGAAAAAUACUUGUUCGGAAAGUUGCUGGACAGUCUGGUUACAAAGGGACUUACUCCAAUGGUGUCCAAUCACUGUCCCUACCCCGAUGGAGAGAAUCCUUCAUCGUCUCAGGUGAAACCACAAAAGCCUACGAGACAACCCGAGAGCCAGUCGCCCUGAUGCAGGCCCUGACCAUCUCAGCAGCCGAGCCUACCCACACCAGCUUGCCAAAGCCAUCCCCAUUUAUAAUCUCUGCUACCAGCAGCCCCAGACCACAGCCUGCGGGCUACAGAAGUCAGGAGACAGGAGAAGUGGAUUUGUGGAAGCCUGGAUCAGUCCUUUUAGACGCAGGAUUUGUUCCAAAAGAAGAAUUAAGCACACAGUCUUUGGAGCCAGUCUCCCUGGGCGAUCCAAACUGUAAAGUUGAUUUGUCCUUCUUGAUCGAUGGGAGUUCCAGCAUUGGCAAACGUCGGUUUCGAAUCCAGAAGCAGUUCCUGGCUGAUGUUGCCCAGGCUCUUGACAUCGGCCCUGCUGGUCCGCUGAUGGGGGUUGUACAGUACGGAGACAACCCUGCCACCCAGUUCAACCUGAAAACUCACAUGAAUUCUCAAGAUCUGAAGACAGCUAUAGAGAAAAUUACCCAGAGGGGAGGGCUCUCUAAUGUAGGUCGGGCCAUCUCCUUUGUGACCAAGAACUUCUUUUCCAAUGCUAAUGGAAACAGAGGCGGUGCUCCGAACGUGGUGGUAGCAAUGGUGGACGGCUGGCCCACAGACAAGGUGGAGGAGUCCUCCAGACUUGCCAGAGAGUCAGGAAUCAACAUUUUCUUCAUCACCAUCGAAGGAGCUGUUGAAAAUGAGAAGCAACACAUGGUGGAACCCAACUUUGCAAACAAGGCCGUGUGCAGAACGAACGGCUUCUACGCGUUCAGCGUGCAGAGCUGGUUCGGCCUGCACAAAACCGCGGCGCCGCUGGUGAAGCGCGUGUGCGACACGGAGCGCCUGGCCUGCAGCAAGACCUGCUUCAACUCGGCCGACAUCGGCUUCGUCAUCGACGGCUCCAGCAGCGUGGGCACCGGCAACUUCCGCACCGUGCUGCAGUUCGUGGCCAACAUCAGCAGGGAGUUUGAGAUCUCCGACACGGACACGCGCAUCGGGGCCGUGCAGUACACCUACGAGCAGCGGCUGGAGUUCGGGUUCGACCGGUACCGCAGCAAAGCCGACGUCCUCAGCGCCAUCAAGCGGGUCGGGUACUGGAGCGGCGGCACCAGCACCGGCGCUGCCAUCCAGUACGCCCUGGAGCAGCUCUUCCAGCAGUCCAAGCCCAACAAGAGGAAGCUGAUGAUCCUCAUCACCGACGGCAGGUCCUACGACGACGUGCGCGUGCCAGCCAUGGCGGCGCACCACCGCGGAGUGAUCACCUAUGCAGUAGGUGUCGCAUGGGCUGCCCAGGAAGAGCUGGAGAUCAUGGCCACUCACCCAGCCAGGGACCACUCCUUCUUUGUGGAUGAGUUUGACCACCUCUACCAAUCAGUUCCCAGGAUCAUCAAGAACAUUUGCACAGAGUUCAACUCACAGCCUCGGAACUGAAUUCAGAGCAGGCUGACAAGGGCAACAUGCUGCCUUGCUGGUUGAUUCUGGGACCAUCUGCCUCUCUCCCAAACUUGGGGAAGGCUUGAGAAAACAAAUACGCUGUUACGCUUUUUUUUUUUCUUUUUGCCAUUGUGGUGUUCAUACUUGGAGUUAGAAAGAUGAACAUCCAUUUGUAGAGUGAACUGGAACUCGUUUUGAGGAUGCAGAGGAGUUUACGUUCUAAUGGUUGUUUCCAAAUCACAGAUGGAGAGUGCAGGCCUUAGGACAGACUUAAAGUGGAGCUUUGGUGAAAAUGUUUCAUUUUCCUUGAAAUUCUGUAACCUUCAUUUUUGUCAUGAUAACGUAGGA